CUGAAGCUCCUUCGUAUCUUUCUCCCUCCCUUUCUUUCAUUCACAGAAACCCAGCCAAAAAACCCUAGCACUGUAAUGGCAUACUGCCGCCGUCCGUCCGUCUGUCUAGCUUCCCUCGUGCUCCAAGUCUUCAACCCCUGUUCGCUGUCACCGAUCGCAGCUGCUUCCUCGAGCUCAGCGUCCGUCGUCUUUGUCUGCUCAGCCGCGCUUCCGCCGCCGUUUGUUUGCCGUUCACGUCCGCGUGUUCGUUCAACCGUCGUCUUCGUUCGCGUUCUUCGCCGUUCAAGUUUGCUCGGCGUUUACCUUUCGCGUUCACUCGCCGUUCACCGUUCGGGUUCUCAUUCGCGUUCGUCUGGAAGCCACGUUGCUCUGCUUCAAACUCUGCGACCAACCCGCGCGCUCCACCUAGCCGUCGAACUGCUCUCUUUUGUCGCCGCCGAAAUUCUUUGAGGUAUAUAAGAAUUAAGAAGGAAGACUAUUUCAACGGUAUUACUCUGUUGAUUCUGGUCUGCCACAAGCUUGAA